UGAGAGGUUUGCUUCCUGUUAAUGUUAUAUAAGGUUAAAUUUAAUAUUUUGCCUCUCAUUCUUACUGAUUUGUCUCCUAUAUCUGUUUGUCUCAGUGGGCCCAAUCCUGUCACUCCAACUGGUCUUCAGUGGUACUAUUUAUAAGAGUAAGCCUUACUUUUAGGACUAAGUCUUGCUGAAUUGGACCCUUUCUCCAGUCCCAGGAGGAUGGAAAAGGAGGAAAGAAAUAUACCCGAUUGGGUGGGGUUUGCAUAUGGAGAACAACGUGAGGUAUUUUGUUCUCAAGAAAAAAAAAUGGGAGGAGUGCCAGGUUUUUUACUCCACCCUUCAGAUCUGUCCAUUUAAAGGCACUUGUUGUUCCAACACUGCAGUUUCACUCAAAGGCAACAAACAUGGCAAAACAACAGAACAAAUUAGUUGAUGAAAUAGAGAAAGUGCUGGAAAAGUCUAAAGGGUUUUCCCUUAAGGAUCUGCUGUUCUUCUAUCAGGGAACCCCAUACCCUGUCUCUGUAUGCAGUGCAGAGACAUUCCAGGCCCUGGAAAACUUAGAAGCCAGAAGAGAUGAUAUGGUAUUGGUGUCUUACCCCAAAUGCGGUGCAAAUUGGCUUAUCCAGCUCUUAAAUGAUUUGAUAUUUACAACUUCCCAGACUAAACAUAUAAACACGGAGCUGCCGUUUAUUGAAUGUGGAGAUCCAGAAAAAUAUCAGAGGAUGAAACAGUUUCCAUCUCCAAGGAUUUUGGCAACACACCUCCAUUAUGAUAAUCUCCCCAAGUCUAUCUUCAAGAAUAAAGCCAAGAUACUAGUGUUGUUUCGAAAUCCUAAAGAUACAGCUGCAUCGUUUUUUCAUUUCUAUAACAAGGCUUUAGACGUCCCCAGUUAUAACUCCUGGGAUGAGUUCUUCUCAGAGUUCAUGAGUGGAAAAGUCAGCUGGGGUUCCUAUUUUGACCACGCAGUUGCCUGGAACAAACACAUUGAGGAUGAAAAUAUUAUGAUUAUAACAUAUGAAGACCUGAAAGAGAACCUGGCUUCUGGAGUGAAGCAAAUAGCUGAAUUCUUUGGAUUCUCUCCAACGGCAGAGCAGAUUCAGUUUAUUGCAGACAGGGGAAGCUUCCAAGCAAUGAGAGAAAAAUCCCAGGAGAUCUAUGGCUCAGUUGGUCCGAUUCUCUUCCGUAAAGGUGCUGUUGGAGAUUGGAAGAACCUUUUUACUGAAGCUCAAAGCCAGGAAAUGGAUGCUAAAUUUAAAGAGUGUUUAGGGGGAACCAAGCUGGAAGCACAUCUGAAGUAUGAUGUGCACUGCAAGGCCUGAGAAUGGUUACAGAAAAGUCUCACUUUGAUAUGUGCUUUUAAUUUUUUUUUAUAUACUCUAAAAGGAAUACUUUAAAUCAGGACGAAUAUCUCAGUUGUAAUUUGUAGCUUGUUAGUGUAAGAUUACAUUUCUGCUAAGUUUGGUUCUGUCAUAUCAUCAGCAUGCAGGCUUCAGUUAGGUAAAACACUUAAGCACAUGCUUAAUUUUAAGCACCUGCUUAAAUCCUAGUGUAGUCAGUGGGACUACUCAUAAAUUAAGCAAGAGCUUAAGUGUUUUGUGGACCAGAGAUAAGAUUACUUGCUUUAAAUUAAAUUAUGUUUACAUGGUUUGCAGAAUUGAAGCUUGAAUGAAGAAGUGUUAUCUAUCCAUGUGUAGGUUGAAAUUUUGAUGUAAGCAAGUUAAGAGAGACAUAAGUGGUGCUGCCCCAAAAUUCAGUUCACUGUUCCUCCUAAACUGGGAAGUGUUAUGCAAAGACUAUUGAAGGCAGAGAAAUAAUGAAAAGGGAACUAGAGUGGUGAGCGCAAAUUAAUAUAAUAGGUGUAAAUUCUAACAAAGUAAUUUAGUGGGAGCAAGGUACUUGGAAAGCAGUGAUGGAAAAGAGACCAAAGGGUGAUUGUGGGCUGCUAGUGAGAAAUGAGUUUGUAAUAUGACAUUGGCAACAAAAAAGCCAAUUCAGUUUGGGGCUGCAAAUCCAAAGGUUUUGUAUCAUGGACCAGGGACGUGACAUACCUUCGGUGUGACCGUGGGGAGAUUGCACCAGGAUUACUCCUGUAAUUUAGGACACCUAGAUACCAGAAAACUUAGCCAAAGUGGGGAAAAUUCAUGGAAAAGCGACAUAAGUGAUCAGGGAUUUAUAAGGAAUAAAAUAGUGUAACUAUGCACUAUGGAUCAUUGUAUCUCCAUUAUUAUACUAGAACAGAAAGAGUGGAAUUGAUUAGAGUGCUGAAAUAGCUAGGAAUAAUGGGAUGAAAGUGAGGAAAGAAAUGUUUAGAGUGCAUAUCAGAAAACAUUUCCAGAACCCUAACUGUGGAAGUGUCCCAGCAGAUUUCUACAGCUUCUCAUCGCGUGCGUGAUUUUAAAACUAGAUUGGAGAAAGCACUUGAGCAUGUACUAUAAAGAACAAUUCUACAGAGGCAAUGGGAUGGACUAGACCUGCUAGGCUUUUUCCAUCUCUGAUUUCUAUAGCUCAAGGAGUUAUCAGUCUAUGCUCACUGAUGAAAAUGAGCUAUGUUUCUAAUAUUAUUAAAAUGUACUUUGGGCUAGAUUGUGCAUUUAGACACAUUCCCCUCAAGAGCAGGGCCGGCUUUAAGUCGAUUCGGCCAAUUCCCCAGAAUGGGGCCACGCGCCUAAGAGGGCGCCGCAACGUCCGGGGCUGCUGGUGGAGCAGGGGGAAAGAAAAAAAAAAAAGCUGUGUCCUGCUUCUCCCCCCUCCCUCCAGUGCUUGUGCCGCCAUACAGCUGAUCAGCGCAAGCCUGGGAGGGAGGGGUUAGG